CGAUGACCUGUCUUCGAUCGAAAGAUCUGGACUGAACGCGAACUGUCUGGAUUCAAAAUGAUUUUCUGACCAGUACUCAACAGACUGUCCGUCAUACAACAGUUUUCGUUUAUUAUAUUACACACUAUCAUACAAAUAAUAUUUUGAAUUUAAAAUGGCAGAAAACAACAUUCCUAAGGUGAUACUUGUGUUUGACCGCUGGACCCUUGGUCAGACUGGAUUACCAGCAUAUCAUGUCAAAUUUGCAUGUGAAUUGGCCAAAAAAAAGAAAGGUCUACUACAAGUUUAUGCUACUGUUGUUGAAAUAACUCCAGAGGAAAAGGCAGAUGCUGAAAAAUCUGGAGUACAUAUAUUUGAACCAGUUGUACGGCCACAUCUUAUAUCAAAACCUAAUCCUGACUGGCUGUUACAGCAUGAGUCAUUCUUCCCGCAGUUUACUCCUCUUAAAAACGUGCGUUACCUUGUUGGGUAUAACCCUGCUACAGCUGAUCAUACUGAAGACAUUCGUAACAUCAGAUUCCCUUAUGCCAAGGUCUACUAUGUCAACAAGAAUUUCCCAAAAGACUGCAGUGACUUAGAGUCACCAUCUGCUGAAAUUGAGAAGUUAGUAGAACAGAUGGACAUAUGGAACAAGGAGUUUGAGGCAACACCACCUCCUGAAAGAGUGGAAGAGCCACCCCGCAAGAGAUUCAGGGGUGCAGAACCAGAAGAUAAGAAUUCCCUAGUUAAUCUUAUUCGGUUUCUGCACCGGUAUCAUCCUGAUUUUAUUCCAGCUUUCUGUGCACGGUAUGGACUAAAGGUGACCAUAACCCCUCCACCACCUCCACUACCUGCUGCUCCAGAUUUGCUUGCAAAGCUUGGUCUUGACUUGGUAGCUAUCAAUGACCAACUGGAGAAAGAAAACCUAGAAGGAGAAGCUUUGGUGAGAAGGGAAAAAGAAAUUGAAGAGUUCAAAGAGAUUUGCCAGAGAGAACUAGUCAUGAGAUCUAGAGUUCUGAUGCGAAGUAUGGAAGGGGAGGAAUCUGUAAAAAGACUCUGCCUUUACCAUGGCCAUGCAUAUCUUAGAGACUUUAAGGUAGCCACAAUGACCCUCCAUUUGGGAUUCCCCAACUUCUUCUCACUUCUACAGUUCAAAGGGAAGUGUAGGAUGCAAAAGUUUGCCAGGGACUUGGAGCCUAAAUUUGUCACAUAUGCCAUGAAGCUUGAAGCAGAACGCUUGAAUUUGCCACUCAAACUCCGUGUAUCAUACGUAUUUGAAGAAUGCAGAGCAAUUGAAGGCUUCUUCACUAGAAGGGAUGGUGGAGGUGGUCGGUUUUUUGAAAAGGAUACAAAAAGUGAUGACUCUGACAAAGAUGAUUCAGAUUCAGAUGAUGAGCCACUCACACUGACUGAAGAAGAAAAACUAUUAUUGGCAGCAGAUUCUGAUGAUGACAGUGAAGAAAACAGUACUGUGAAAGUAACAAAUAAGAGCAUAGAUAAGGAUGAUGGGUCUGCAGGUAAAGAUGAACAAAAAGAAGCUGGAGCAUCAGUUUCAGUAGCAGAACCCUCACGAACGGAUUUUUCAGCAGAUGGUGACUCGGUAGAUUCAGGUGUGGAAGGAAUGGAGGUGGAUGACCUCGCGUUGCAAUCCCCUGAAACCUCACCUUCUGUAAAAGAGUUGAAUGAACAGGUAGAUAUGGAAGUAGAUUAUUCUUCCACUGAAUCAACAAAAAGUUGUACGAAGUCUGAAACUAAAUGUCUGCCGCUGGCUACUAAAGAUCAUCUACCAGUAAGUUGUACUCUUGGCCAGGACUUACAGUUAUCAACACCACAAGCUUCAACUAGUCAGAAAAAUGAGGUUAAGAAGGAAUUAUCAUGUUCAGAUGCUAAACUGCAUUCCAAUUCUUCUGAUGAAUCGUACAACCUUUCAAUUCCACUUGCAUCAUCAAUGUGUGAGCAACCUCUGGGUUCUAACAAGACAUCAACAAGUAUAUGCAAAAAAACAGAAAAAACUUCUUUGAGUGCUGAUACUGAACACAAUCCAGUUGCGUCAACAAGUACUUGCAAGGAACCACAAAAGUCAUUAGAAUCUUAUAAUGAUGAACUCUUAAAUCCAGUCGCAUCAACAAGCACUGGUAGAGAAACUGAAGAAGUGACAACAGAUAGUGAACUUCUCAAUUCUGACAAUGACAUACUCGUGAAUCAAGUUGGAUCAAUAAGCUCGGACAAAGAUACUGAAGAACUGACAGAAACAGGUAGUGAACCUUUCAAUUCUGCAGUGUCAACAAGCUUAGAACCACAACAGUCAACAUCUUCUGACAUCAAGAUACUGAUGAAUCCAGCUGCAUCAACGAGCACUGGCAAAGAAACUGCAUCACCACGAACACAUGGUGAAUUCGAUGAUCCAGUUGGAUCAACAAGUACUUCUAAGGAGCUGCAACUAUCAACAUCUUCUGAUGACAAACUCUCAAAUCCAAUUGCAUCAACAAGCUCUAGUGAAGAUACUGAAGAAUUGACAACAGAUCUUCUAAAUCCUGUGGCAUCAACAAGCAAAGAACCACAACAAUUAUCCACUUCUGAUGAUGAACUGAUUAAUCCAGUGGCAUCUACAAGCACUGGUAAAGAAACAGUAUCAUCACAAACACUCGAGGAAUGCCAAGAUCCAGUUGCAUCAACAAGUACUUGCAAAGAACACCAGUCCUCUCCUGGAUCAAUGCUUUCAAAUGAUGAUCUACUGAACCCAGUAGCAUCAACAAGUUCCGUCGAUGAACCUGGUCCAGCCCUACCAAUAAUACCAGUUAGAAUACCUAUUAAUCCCAGCAUAGCUGAGGUUGCAAUGCGUCUGAAUCCUGCCAGGCCAGAGGAACCAAAAGAGUCAAAAGAAGCAAUAAAAAUGAUCUCUCAGCUAGUUCCAGUGAAUUAUCCAUUGCUCUAUGAGAAGGCAACUCAGCUGAGGGCAGAAAUACUCAGAAUUGAGAACAACAUGACCACCAAUCAGCCAAAUGACGACGGAGAACAGGAAAUGCAUGGCCAGGUCAAGAUGCUGAUUGAUCGCAUUGACAAAUUGAGGUCUGAGAUAAUGGAAGCUCAUUCAUUGUCAACCACUUCAACGCAUGUCACUAAAAACAACAGCAUAUUAGACUUUGAACUUCAAAAUGUUCAGAAUGAAUUUUUCAAGAAAAGGGAGCAAUUUGAAGAGGUCUAACAAUUUGAAUUUUAAAGUACAGAAAUCUCCAGCCUAAAAUUGGUGCUCCAAUUUGAUGUAGAUUAAAUGGAAAAGUGUAUGUGUAUUAUAAUUUAGAAUUGUAUGCGCAUGUUGUAUAUCUGGUUAAGAAAUCACAAUUUAUAAAUAUGCAUUGGCUAAAGGAGAAAUUCCCUUUUAUUUCUAACCAGGUUUAGUGCUAACAUUAAUUACUAGUACCAGGUAUUUUGACUUGCUUUUUUUGGUAUGUAAAAACAUGCAUUUGAAUUGUGUGUAAAUAGCAACCCAUAGACCAAUAUGCAUAUAUGUUGCUGUGUGUCAUGUAAGAACAUUGAAUGUGUGAUAUUUGAUCACAAUUGUCCAUCAAUAACACAAGUAACAUGUUUUUGAAUUUUGUAAUGUACUAAAACGUGAUCAACAAGCUAAACUUAUUAUUCCAUCAAGGUAUGCGUAUGAUUUUAUCUUGGCAAGUCAUGAUAUUAUACUGUGAUGUACAUCAUAGUAUUUGUAUAGUCUGGUGAUGUACACUGUAAACAGAUUUAAUUUUGUUAGAGAAACCAUUUUACAAGUCCUGAAACAUUUCAUUGGUUUCUAAGACGGGGAGUUGCAGUGGUGAAAUUUCAUUACAAAUACACAUGUAUACAGGUAAAUAGAGUUUCUAGUGCCCAAAAUGAAUGGUGGUAAUUACAACUAUUAGCACCUGUUUAACUACUGUGAUACUUAUUAAUAUGGCAUUUGUAUAAUAAUAUGAGGUUAUUACGAGAAUACCUCAUACACAAAGACAGUACAGCUUGAGUAUUGACCGACACGUAGCGGAGGUUGAUGCGCGGGCGUACUGUCUGAGUGCAUACUUUGAGGUAUUCUCGCAAUAACCUUAUUGUACAUCUUUUCCUUCCAAGGAUACAUCAUGGGAAUUCCAAAUUUCAAAAUGUUUAGAACAGAAUCAGCGAACUUCUUCAUGUUGAAUCCGGUCAAACUCUGGUGGCAGCCAUGUUUGUUUUUAUUAUUAGAGGGUGUGUAAUCAUUCCAUAUUUGGAAUUUGUAUUUCCAAAUAUGGUAGGAUGAAAAUACCCCGUAAAAUACGUACAGUUACGGAUGUAACUUAUGGUGUCACAAAUGUAUAAUAAUGGUCAUUAUACCUUUAAAUUAUAACUAUCUUAUAAAUUGUUAAUGCUCAUUAAUGAAACAUUCAACUAACUUGUUUUUGUAUGCGUUUUUGUAAAAUUUAUUUGAUAUUCAUGGAAUACAACAAUAUAUAGAAUUGUAUAUGAAGCAGUGUUGAAAUUCAAGGAUGUGUAAAAGGAAUUGCCUUUUUAUUUUUGUGGAUAAGCAGUAUUAAUAUCUUAUAAAAAAAAAAUUCAUUGUCGUGCAGAAGAGUAAAGGGGGACUGAUUUUUGAAAAAAGUUUUUCUGGGUGGUGGGUCAUACUUCAUAAACAUUUCUGCUUUUUGUUCAUUGAAACAACUCUGUUACCAGUUCUUUAUUUAACUUUUUUUUUAUAAACAAAUGACCCCUCAACAUGCGACAAUUGACCUUG